GCGGCUUUCCCAUUCUGCCAAUUCCGAGAGCAAAGAGGCGUCUGUGACAUGCGAUCGCUUGCCAAGUGACGGUACCCGAGUGUGAAGUGCCCGCGAGGAAGUGAGAGCUCCGACACCCGCGGCCGGGGGAUGACAGCCAUGAAGCAGGAGCAACAACCCACCCCGGGGGCCAGGGCGAGCCAGGCGCAGCCAGCAGAUCAGGAACUGGGAAGUAACAGUCCUCCACAGAGAAACUGGAAGGGAAUUGCUAUUGCCUUGCUGGUGAUUUUAGUAGUAUGCUCACUCAUCACGAUGUCCGUCAUCCUCUUAACACCAGAUGAGCUCACAAAUUCUUCUGAAACUAGACUGUCCUUAGAAGAGCUUUUGGGGAAAGAAUUUUCACUUCAUAAUCCAGAAGCUCGGUGGAUCAAUGAUACAGACGUGGUGUAUAAAAGCGACAAUGGACACGUCAUUAAACUGAACAUAGAAACAAAUGCCACCACAUUGUUAUUGGAAAAUACAACUUUUGUAACUUUCAAAGCAUCCAGGCACUCAGUUUCCCCAGAUUUAAAGUACGUUCUUCUGGCAUAUGAUGUCAAACAGAUUUUUCAUUAUUCGUUUACGGCCUCAUAUUUGAUUUACAACAUACACACCAGGGAGGUGUGGGAGUUGAAUCCUCCUGAAGUUGAGGACUCCAUCUUGCAGUAUGCAGCCUGGGGUGUGCAAGGACAGCAGCUGAUUUAUAUUUUUGAAAAUAAUAUCUACUAUCAACCUGAUAUCAAGAGCAGCUCCUUACGACUCACAUCUUCAGGAAAAGAAGGAAUAAUUUUCAAUGGAAUUGCUGACUGGUUAUAUGAAGAGGAGCUUCUGCAUUCUCAUAUUGCCCACUGGUGGUCGCCCGAUGGAGAGAGACUUGCCUUCCUGAUGAUAAAUGACUCCUUGGUGCCCAACAUGGUUAUACCUCGGUUUACUGGAGCUCUGUACCCCAAAGCAAAGCAGUACCCAUACCCUAAGGCAGGUCAAGUGAACCCAACAGUAAAAUUAUAUGUUGUAAACCUAUACGGACCAACUCAUACAUUGGAGCUGAUGCCACCCGACAUCUUUAAAUCAAGAGAAUAUUACAUCACCAUGGUUAAAUGGGUGAGCAACACCAGGACAGUAGUCAGGUGGUUGAACCGGCCUCAGAACAUCUCCAUCCUCACAGUCUGUGAGUCAACCACCGGGGCUUGUAGUAGGAAAUAUGAGAUGACUUCCGACAACUGGCUCUCUAAACAGAAUGAAGAGCCUGUGUUUUCCAGAGAUGGAAGCAAGUUCUUCAUGACUGUCCCUGUCAAGCAAGGUGGCCGUGGAGAAUUCCACCACAUAGCUAUGUUCCUGGUCCAGAGUAAAAGUGAGCAAAUUAUCGUGCGGCAUCUGACAUCAGGAAGUUGGGAAGUGAUUAAGAUCUUGGCAUAUGAUGAAAUCACUCAAAAAAUAUACUUUCUGAGCACAGAGUUUUCUUCCAGAGGGAGGCAGCUGUACAGUGCUUCUACUGAAGGACUGCUGAGUCGUGAUUGCAUAUCAUGUAACUUUAUGAAAGAACAUUGUACAUAUUUUGAUGCCAGCUUCAGUCCCAUGAACCAACAUUUCUUACUGUUUUGUGAAGGUCCAAGGGUCCCAAUGGUCAGUCUCCAUAACACAGACAAUCCAGCAAAAUAUUUUAUCUUGGAAAGCAACUCAGUGCUAAAAGAAGCUAUCCAGAAGAAGAAGCUAGCAAAGUCAGAGAUUAAAACCCUCCACAUUGACGACUAUGAACUUCCUUUACAGUUGUCCUUUCCCAAAGAUUUUAUGGACCGAAACCAGUAUGCUCUUCUAUUAAUAAUGGAUGAAGAACCAGGAGGCCAGCUAGUGACAGACAAGUUCCGUAUUGACUGGGAUUCUGUCCUGAUUGACACUGAUAAUGUUAUUGUAGCAAGAUUUGAUGGCAGAGGAAGUGGAUUCCAGGGCCUGAAAGUUCUUCAGGAAAUUCACCGCAGGAUGGGGUCAGUAGAAGCAAAGGACCAAGUAGCAGCUGUGAAAUAUUUACUGAAACAGCCUUAUAUUGACUCCAAAAGAUUAAGCAUUUAUGGAAAGGGGUAUGGUGGCUAUAUUGCAUCGAUGAUCUUAAAAUCAGAUGAGAAGCUUUUUAAAUGUGGAGCCGUGGUUGCACCCAUCACAGACAUGAAGUUGUAUGCUUCUGCUUUCUCUGAACGAUAUCUUGGUAUGCCAUCUAAGGAAGAAAGCACUUACCAGGCAUCCAGUGUGUUAAAUAACAUUCACGGCCUAAAAGAAGAAAAUAUACUAAUAAUUCACGGAACUGCUGAUACAAAAGUUCAUUUCCAGCAUUCAGCAGAAUUCAUCAAGCAUCUAAUAAAAGCUGGGGUGAAUUAUACUAUGCAGGUUUAUCCAGAUGAAGGAUAUCACGUAUCUGAAAAAAGCAAGCAUCAUUUGUACAGCACAAUCCUUAGAUUCUUCAGUGAUUGUUUAAAGGAAGAAAUACCCGUGCUACCACAGGAACCAGAAGAAGAUGAAUAAUGGACCCUAUUUAUAUGGAACUGAAGGGGGUAUUGAGGCUCAAUGAAAUCUAACCAAGAGACUGUCAUGUUGUAGAUGCUCCAGAAUUCCAAGGGCAGCUUGAAGAGAUGAAACUGCAACAGCACACUCAGACAAUGACCUAGAACUUGAAGACAAAAGUCCAUGUCUACUGUGUUGCCAAGGGUACAGAAGGUGUUUUGUUGUAAAAGGAAAUUCCAAGGGUUGGUUUCCUGGGAAAAAAAGACUUAGUUUCACAUUGAAGUAGGAAUAGUGCAUGUUUUCUUCUGUUAUUCCCUUUUGUUCUGUAACUAGUUACUCUUACUUUAAUUUCCAUGGCCACCGUCACCUUUGCUUACAGUGCAUUACUUACCAUCAGUACCAUCGUCUCUGAUCCUUGAUGGCUGAGCUGCAAUCUAACACAUUAAUGUACCUUUAUAAUAAGUGCAAUUCUCUCACUGUCUAUUAUGAUGCUUAAGAAAAUAUUCAGUUAAUAAACAAAAACAGAGUAUUUUACAUACAUUUCUGUUUUUACAAGGCAUUUAAAUGAGUCAAAGGCUAUGUAGAAAUACAGAUUUCAGCACCUUCCAAAGUUCAGGCAGUUGUCAGUAGAUAAAAUAUCUUUAAAUCAACACACAUGAGUGUAUGUCUCAUAAUAUUAUAUAUAUAUACAUAUAUACACAGAUGUGUGCAUAAGCAGACAGUGAGUCUACCUUUAUAUGUUAUUCAUGCUACAAAGGAUAAAUUUUGAUGAAUUGCAAAGGAUGCUCCUUUACAAGCUGUAAUGGAUGCUUCAUUUUUAAUGAGCCAAAUAUGAUGAAACCAUUUUUCUUCCAGUUCAAAUUCUAGCUACUGCUUCCCUAUAAAUGUUUGGGUUGUGUUUGGUAUUGUUUUUAGUGGUUAAUAGUUUUCUAGUUGCGGUUUACUUUUUUGGAUAUAAUACCUUGUCACAUGUAAAUUAGAUACUUAAAUAUUAAACUAUAGUUUCUGAUAAAGAAAUUUUGUUAAAAACAUGCAGUGCCACUGAGUGGCAUUUUGCCCUUUUGAUGGAGAAGGCUUUUUUAAAAAUUAGGUCCUUUUACUUCCAACUCCCAGUGCAGUACAGAAUCAAUCCUCAUUUUCAUUGUAAAAGCAAAGAUCUGAAUUGUUUCAUCGUUCCCGAGUCUGUUUAGUAUUCCAUGCCUGCACAGUCCAUCUGUUGCUGUUUAAGUUGAACCCUUGUGGUAAGAAUAAGAAGUGAAAUCUUACUUCUUCAUUGGCCAAGAAAUUCACAAACAACAGUAUCCAGCAUUUCAUUUGAAUGGAAGACACACAAGGCAUCAAUUCCUAUGCAGUGUCAACUUCAGGAGUUACUGAGAAUGGAAAAUAAACUUAACUGUAUGGAGCUUCAGUCAUGAGAAUGUUAAUUGCGGUGACUGAAAUUGGAGUGUGUUUGUACUCCAAGUCAGGGAUCUUUCAAAAGAUGUCUAAAACUCUGAACCAAGCUUUGAUGCUCAGAAAAAUCCAAGUAUUGUAAUGUUUUCAUGGUUUAAAAGAAAAUGAUCAUAAGGAAAGCUGGGUUGUCAUAGCCACUGAAAACCUGGUGGGGGUGGGGGACAGCAAUUUUACAAGUCAGGAAAUUGUUUAGUCACCCUCCUGCUCUGUCAAAGGACCAGCCCAGAAUUCUGCAUAUGAAGUCCUGGGAAUCUGUGGCUAAGUCUCCCUCUUUUCUUCAGAAUGCUCUUUUACCUUCUCUGCUCUAUUAGAUUCAAUUUAAUAUGGGAAAGACGAUCUCUCCAGAAAGACCCAUUUAGGUCUUUUUCAAGGAUAGAGAACACAUUUUUUAACAAAAUAGGUUGUAAUGUUUCCAAGGAAAGUUUUGCCUAUUUUAUUAAGAUGGAAAUUUCUUUUUAGGCUGAUUUGAAAUCCAACUGAAGCUUUUUAAUCAAUAUUUUAGAUUUCAACCACUAGAGUUUUUUAUGAUGCGAAUAAUUAUGUUGUCUGAAAGAUGUGGAUUUAUUGAAUGUCUAUUUGAGUAGCAUUUAAAAAGUGUUUACCUUUUACUGUUCAUCAUAUCUCUUGUUUUAUGGUUAUUAUCAUUGUUUAUCUAUUUUUCAAUUAAUUUAAUACAAUUUGUAAUGUGAAAG